ACUGGCUCCUUAUCCGCCGCAUUUUACCACCUCCUCUAGGCUGCUGCCGAUAAAGCGUGCUCCCCCCUCUGCGCUGCCGUGAUUCACCAGCAUCCUGCAGUCAUGGACGUGGUCAACCAGCUGGUGGCAGGGGGUCAGUUUCGGGUAGUGAAGGAGCCUCUGGGAUUUAUCAAAAUUCUGGAGUGGCUGUUCUCUAUCUUUGCCUUCGCAACUUGUGGAAGUUAUUCCGGACAGUUCAGUCUGAACAUUGAAUGUACCAACAAAAAUGAAAGCAAGCCGAAUAUUAAAGUGGACUUUGAAUACCCCUUUAAGCUGCACCAGGAGUAUUUUGAUGCCCCCACUUGCCAAGGUGGAGCAUCUACCCAAGUCUUUUUGGUCGGAGAUUACUCAUCCUCUGCAGAAUUCUUUGUCACGGUGGCUGUCUUUGCCUUUCUUUACUCGCUCGGGGCGAUGGUUACGUACAUAUUCCUACAGAACAAAUAUCGUGAGAACAACAAAGGUCCCAUGAUUGACUGCAUAGUGACAGCUGUUUUCACCUUCCUAUGGCUGGUCAGUUCCAGUGCUUGGGCCAAAGGCCUGUCCGACAUCAAGCUUGCAACCGAUCCUGAACUUGUCAUAAAAAGCCGGAUCCCUGCAUGUGAGAAAGGCGAAGCAAGGUGUCAGGAGCUGAGUGAUCCUGUUAUGUCUGGGCUUAAUACCUCUGUGGCCUUUGGAUUUUUGAACUGCAUCCUGUGGCUGGGAAACCUCUGGUUUGUAUUUAAAGAGACUGGAUGGACAGCUCCAUUCAUGAAGUAUCCUCCACCACCCCAAGAGAAACAGCCAGCUCCUGACACUUACACCCAGGCACAGGGAUAUGGUCAGCAAGACACGUAUGGACAGCAAGCUGGAUACCAGCCCGACUACUAUGGCCAGCAACCCGACUACAAUCAACAGGGUUACACCCAGCCGGCGGGAUACACCCAACAAGGCGUCCCCACCUCCUUUUCCAACCAGAUGUAGAUGGCUUCUCCAAGGCUGACGAGUGAGCUCCUUCUUCUGGUUGUAAUGUUCUGAUGUGCAGUGCUGCAGCCCAGCUGCCCAAGUGAAAAUCCAUGGGAGAAUGUUGUGUCUGUGAUGUUUAUAUAAUAUAAUAUAUUAUAAUAUAUAUAUUUAAUGAUAUAUAUCUGUACCAAAACACAGGAAAAUCCCAUCUCAUUCUAUCAGAGACUGUCUUCCUGCAAAGCAUUGCUGUUUGAUCCUCUCCAUGCCACAGUCCUGCAGAGCAAUGUAAUCCUUUUUAUUUUUCUGGCAGAGCCUGGAUGAACACUAAUGUAAUAGUUCUUUUUUUUCCAACCAGAGAGAUCCAGAAUUAUUUUUUUUUUUAUGUUCCCCAUUAUUAGUUAAAAAAAAUAAAAAAUAAUAAUAAUAGUAUUGUGACGUCAAAAAGUGAUUUAUAGAAUAAUCAAUCAGUCUCUCUGGUAGGGAAGGAUUUUUGCUUUAUAUAUUUAUUUGUAAACAGUUGUUAAUUUAUUUAAGAAAUAGUGCCCUGUAGAACAGAAUUAUGAGAGUUCUGAAGCUUUUUCUGAUUAGUUGGGUAUUUCCUCUAGAACUUAGUGAUGUCUGCACUUUGCUAUGUAGGUCCUUCUUGCGCCAUAAGGGAUCGAUGCAGAAUUGAUGUAUGGGAACUUUCUGUUUAAUGCCCUGUGUAUUUUGGGUGGGUUGGGUUGGCACAGGCCGGGUAUAUAUGCCAUAGCAGCCCUGGUGCUGAAUUGGUGUGCAACAAAAUAAAUGUGGGAGAGUUAUGAGCGCCCCCUUCCCAUACUCCCCGCCUCCUCCGUGCACUGCUGGGUACUAAACACCCCUUUUUAUCAUCCAUGCCCUAAUCCAUUAUUGCCAGCUUCAUCCCUAAACUACCCAUGCCUGGUACCCCUUGUGCUGUAUAUCGUGUUAGUGACACUGAAGUUGCGUGUUGUAAUCCUGACUGGAAAUAAAGACAGGCUGGAAACAA